AUGGAUGAAAAGAAGUUUUCAUAUUUAUUUUCUUCCACUGAACCAUUGCUUACACCAAAUGUAUCUGGUAGAAUUUUCAUCCCAGAAGAACAAUUACAAAAACAUUAUGUUGAAAUUGUUGAUGAUGAUGGUUUAAAUUUGUUAUCACAUAGUGACAUGAGCUGGGGAUCUUUGGAAGAUAGAUAUGUGCCAUUUGAAAUUCAGUCUGAAGAAGAUUCCUCAUCAAUUACUUCAACUUCUUCUACUUCAAGUUCUAAUCUUUCAUUUUCAUUACUUGAUCAAGUGCCACUUUCAAUUGAUCAUGAUAUAUUAGAAUGUGCAACUUCAAGCAGUUGGAGUAGUUAUGCUUUAGAUAUCAAUUUGUGGAAUGAUGAUAGAGCACCUGUUGUGAAAUUAAGACACCUUAAAGAGAUGUUAUUUGAUGAUUUAGAAUUUUGGGGCCUUUUUACAGAUAGAUUAAUAGGAGUUGGAAAGUCAUUUUUAACUAAAUCACCUGAAAAUGGUCUUUAUAUUCUAAGUAAAUGUAUUAUGAGAAAUAUGGAUGCAUAUAGUUUACGUGUGAUAGAUUUAAAGUUUAAUAGAAUCAAUGAUUUAUUGGAAUUAUCAAACAUCAAAGGUUUAAUACAUGAAAUAGACCUUAGAGGUAAUGGUUGUACAAAAUGGCCCAAUUAUAAAUCUGUACUCUUAUUUUCCAUGCCAAGCAUAUGUAUUAUUGAUGGAAUUGAUGUAUCUACUUCAGAAAAAAUUGCUGCUGUAACUUUAUUUGCAUCGCCAGUAAAUUUAACAGCUGCUCGUACUAUCACAAAACUUACUUUGUUAGAACAAUUGAGCACACCUAAGAUUGAUUUACAUGUUAGACCAUAUGAUGAAACAAGCCCACCUUUGAUAGUACUUACAGGCCCAAGUGCAGUGAAAAAAUUAUCCUUGGCUCUUCAGAUUGCUCAAACAUUACCAAAAAAAGUAAAAUAUUGUCAAUGGUAUACAACAAAAGAAUCAGAACCCAAUGAAACUGAUUUUGAACCCUAUAUUUUUGUAAAUAGAGAAGAAUUUAAUGAUAUGUCUCGCCAUGGAGAAUUUUUAGCAAUUCAAGAAAGACUAGGAAAUAGUUAUGGAUUUCAUCAUAAUCAAAUUACUUCCUUAAUAUUGGAAAACAAAAUUGGUAUCACACAAGCAGACUUGCAUGCAGCCAUUCAAAUAAUUAAACGGUAUUCUAAUAGUAAAGCAGUUCUUGUGCUUACAAAAAGUGAACAAAUUCAUCGCGAGCGAGUGCAAGAAAAGUUUUACAUUAUAGAAAAUGUUCAAACGUCUUCAAUUGAUGUGUUGGGUAAACAACAUGAUAAUGCAACAAUUGAUAUUGCACUUGAAAAUAAAACAUUAUUUGAUAUUAAAACAGACAAAAGUGUAACAGAAAUAGAGAAAGAAAUAUCAGAUAACAAGUUUCAAAAACAAAAAAUUAAUUUACAUACAAAAGAUUAUAGUACAUUACAGGACCAUAAAGGACUAAGAGUAAUUUUAGAUGAACAUGCAAAUAUUAUAAUUGAGGAUGAGCAUUUGAAACGUAAAAGACAUCAAGAAAAACUUCUACAACGUCGAGAUACAUUAGUGCGAGGAGCGGAUUUUCCACUUAUAGAAGAACUUAGUGAAUCGGUAUCUAGCGAAGAAAUUUUAACAAAAAAAUCAGAAGCAAAACAACCAGAACAUAUGAAAGAUUUUUAUACAGAAGUCAUAAUAAAAUCAAGAAAAAUAUACUUAGAUCAACAUAUGAAUAAGCCAGGAUUUUUUUCUUUAGUGGUACUAACAGAUAACUAUUUUAAAGCAUUUAACAAAUUGAUUAAUUUUAUUUAUGAAUUAUAUAUAAAUUAUCCACUUGAGAAACCAAAAUUUUCAUCUGAACUUAAUCAUUUCUCUGAUGUUGCUGUUCCAACAAUGGUUAAUUCUGUUGUUGAUGAAAUGAUACAAUCUUUAUCAACAUCAAUAUUACAAAGAAAAACCUUGUUAAGAAUGUAUGGUGUUACUUCAUGGAAAGAAUUAGUUCCUAAUCAAAGGAUAGAAAAUUCAAUUAAUAUUGCUGAUUAA